AUGCCGUCGUUUAUGCCUUCGCGCAAAGCGCAUGGUGCUCUGGCAAAGGCUUCUCUGUGGCUCCUUGGGACAGCACUUUUCUCGCCUUCUAAUGCUCUUACGCUGAGAAAGCGUGCCCCCCCUACCAAACUGCCAGAAUGGGCCACGGACAAUGAUCGUCGUCACCAACCAGCUCUUGACUUUGAUGGAAAUGGUUGCUACAAUGUACCUGCUAUCGGCUGCGACAAGAAGCUUGCUGAGGGCUUACCUCGAAGUGAUAACUAUGGACUCUGCCGUACCGAUCUUGAUAACUCCAACGUUUACUCACGGCAGCGAUGUAAUAGCGGCUGGUGUGCCUACAUGUAUGACUACUACUUUGAAAUGGACUACGCCAGCCCCGGUGUUGGGCACACCCACGACUGGGAGCAUAUUAUGGUUUGGGUUCCAACUGAUAAAACGAAACAAAAAUUCGUAUGUGCCUCAGCACAUGGCAGUUACGACUGCAGGUUUGCGGACGAGGUGCGAUGGCACAAUGGCGACCAUCCGAAGAUCAUUUACCACAAAGACUCGAUUUCGACACAUGCCUUCCGAUUCGCGAAUGAAGCCGAUGACAAGGUUGAGAAUGAUAAAGGAACAUGGCAGCUUGCUGACUUGAAUCAUGAUUUCGGAAGUGCAAGUUUCGGAAUUGGCCAUAAUUUUGCGUCAAAUCUGGGGAAAGUGGUCGACAAAGAUUGUAGGGAGCUUGGUGGUGUUACAGAAAUCUGUUAUGACCCUAUUGUCGACAUUGAGUUUGACGUAAACGUCGACGAGGGCUCGCCUGGCAAGCUACCCCCCAAUACUGGAUGCAAUCCUCCCUCAGACCCUGAACCCGAACCUGAGCCUGAGCCUGAACCUAAGCGACCAGAUCUGCGUGUGCUGCCUUUAGGAGAUUCAAUCACCAACGGCUUCGGCAGCACCAGCAAUGCCGGCUAUCGCGGCCCCUUCUACAGCCUCGCCACCGAGAACGCUGAUAACGUCGUUGACAUGAUCGGUUCUGUUCGCUCCGGUGACGCUGGGGACGCCGACCACGAGGGCCACAACGGCGCCAAAAUCGCCGAGAUCUCAAACUACGCAGAGCCCAUCCUCCCACAGCGACCGAAUGUUGUUCUGUUGCAUGCGGGCACCAAUGACAUGGGCAGCGAUGCAGGCGCAGCAGGAGCUGUCAACCGUCUGAUGAGUCUGGUGGACAUGAUCAUCAGCAAAUGUCCCGAUGCAACCGUUCUCGUGGCCCGUAUCACACCAUCCACCAACUCAGGCACGCAAGCUCGUAUCAACGCCUUCAAUGACGACAUCGAGGAUGCUCUUAAGUCACGCGCGGACGACGGCAAGAAAGUGCUAGUUAUGUACAUGGAUGAAGCUGUUAGCACUACAGAUCUUGGGGACGGCCUGCACCCCAAUGAUCUAGGCUACAUUAAGAUGGCCGCUGUCUGGUGGGACGGCGUGCAGCAAGCGUUCAAGAAGGACUGGAUCAAGGAACCUGUUGCCGGCCAGCCACCCGAGAACGGCAGCGGCGGUGUUGUGUGCGGAAAGGUGCCCACCUGGCUCCCUCAGGGCAUAAUCGCGUCUGGCGGCGGGCGAGGAAGUGCAGCACUUGAUAAUCACGCCACUGGUGUCUUUAUGGCAGAUAUCGACGGCGACGGGCGGGACGACUACCUCCACGUCAGUGAGAACGGCGAGGUUUACAUGCACUGGAAUGUUGGUAACGCUCCCGACUCGGGUCCAAAUGCUGGUAAAGUUCAGUGGAAACCUAUUGGUGUUAUUGCCAGUGGUGGUGGGGCAAAGGGAUACCAGGUUCGUUUUGCUGAUAUUGAUGGUGAUGGUCGUGCCGAGUUCAUCUGGGUCAAGGAUUCUGGAUCUGCGACUGUUUGGUGGAAUAAGGGCUUCUCCUCUGAUGGAAAAGUCAAAGUUAUCUGGGGUCCAGGCGCUGGAGAAGAGAUCGCCACGGGCAUUGGAGACGGCCAAGGUGUGCGUUUUGCCGAUAUGAACGGCGACGGCAAAGCGGACUUCAUCCAUCUCGCAGACAAUGGCGCGGCUACCUUGUACAUCAACCAAGGGCGUCGCGCAUCACGCGGCUGGGGAUGGUGGAACUGGGGCCAGAUCGCCAGUGGAGUGGGCACAAGCCGAGAGAACAUUCGGUUUGCCGACUUGAAUGGUGACGGUCGAGCCGACUACAUCGCCGUUGACAAUGCGACAGGCGGCCUGAAUGCUUGGUAUAACCGCGGCCCGAAGAGCCAGAACUGGGCUACUGUCGCCCCCUUGGUGUGGUGGAACCCGGGUUCGGUGGCUUCUGGGGUAAAGCAUUUGCCAAAUUGGUCAACAUCGGAUAUGGUGACAUUUGGGCACUUGAAUGGUGAUAGUAGGGCAGAGUACUUGUACAUUGGAGCUAAAGACUCCAGUGUGUAUGCAUUCCUUAAUGGAUGCUAA